GGCCUAAGAGAGCUCGAAAGAGAUAAGAGAUGUUGGCACUGCCGCUGAGAUUAGGCGCGCAUUGGCCUGCGGUACAAAAACCUCUAAUAUCAACUUCAACACGGUGGUUCGUUUUCCCCUAUCCGCGAAACGUUUCGCUGAAUGGCAAUAGCCCCAGAGACCACUUUGACCGAAACGUUUCGAGGAUCCCUGCGAAUUCAACAUCUCUCACUGGCAAGGCCAAUGAUUUCGUUUCCGUUUCUCUCCCCAAAGACUCUCCUCUGUUUGGAGGAGGGAGGGUAUGUGUGGUUUGAAUUGUUCAUUUUCCGAGUAACCAAACAGAGCAGUGGUUUGCUUGGAGGAUUUACUGGUGAGCUUUAUCUUGGGCAAGAAGAGGGCCACAGAAGUUUCUCACUUUUUGUUGUCCAUGUUACCCAGAUUUUAACAAAAGCAACGGCGAAAUGCCUAGGUUUUAGCAAACGGAACACAGAGAGAGAGAUGAGCAGCUCCAUGAGGAAGAAGGUGCAGAAGAAGUGCAAGAUCAGAGGCUACACACUUGAAUUGGACGCCAUCGACGAGAUCCUCUCCUUUGAAUCCGAAUUCAGCAACGACUCUGCUUUGGACGAUCCCGUCGAUAUCCUCCUCGACCUCCUCGCCACCCAGCCCAUAAAAGACAAGGAGAUGGUGCACCGCAUUGCUACCCGUAUAUUGGGUGCUGAUGCGGCCAUCAAUGAAACCCCCGACGGCGAUGGUGAUGAUGUUAUAAGAGCCUCUGAUUUGCUCAUAAUUGAUGCCUUCAAGGUCCCAAAGUUCCGAUAUGAUCCCAUCAAGAAGGUUUUUUACAAGCAUACUGGGAGCCUACCCAUGCAUGGUGACGCAUUUUCGAAAGCAGCUCUGUAUAAGGAUAGGUUUCUCUUGCUCUCCCAGAUGCUCUCUCGCCAUAAGGAUUUUUCCAAACCAGCCUUUGAUUCUGAAUUGUCAGAUUUCGGACGCUGUGAGAUAUCUCCAAUUCAGUCUCUGAUUGGGCAAACUGGAAGGAGAUGGGUGAUGGGUCUGAUAUCUCAGUUGGAGGAUGGCCAUUUUUACUUGGAAGACCUUUCUGCUUCUGUCGAAAUCAACUUAUCCAAUGCAAAGAUAACUGCAGGAUUUUUUGUAGAAAACACAAUAGUUGUUGCAGAAGGCGAGAUGCUCUUAGAGGGUGUCUUUCAGGUGUUUAAUUGCGGAUUUCCUCCGCUUGAGGGCAGAGAUAAGUCACUCCAAUUUCUUGCAGGACAUGACUCUUUUGGUAGUGGUACACUAACAGAACAGGAGACGCUCAGACUUGCAAAGUUGGAAAGAGAAGCAGUUAAUGGGAAUGUUGUCAUACUGUCUGACAUUUGGCUAGACAAUGAAGAGGCUAUGGGAAAGCUGGAGAGAAUCCUUGAUGCUUUUGAGAAUGAGGACUUUGUGCCAUGCUUAUUUGUACUCAUGGGGAAUUUUUGUUCUCAUCCAUGUAAUCUUGGUUUCCACUCCUUCUCCAAUCUCAGGUCGCAGUUUGGCAAGCUAGGGCAAAUGAUUGCUGCCCAUCCACGGCUAAAAGAGGGUAGUUGUUUUCUAUUUAUCCCGGGUCCCGAUGAUGCAGGCCCUUCAACUGUUCUACCAAGGCCUUCUUUACCAAAGUAUUUAAGAGAAGAGCUUCAAAAUCACAUUCCAAAUGCCAUAUUUUCAAGUAAUCCUUGUAGAAUGAAGUUCGGUAGCCAGGAGGUGGUAUUCUUCCGUCAGGAUCUGCUGUACAGAAUGCGCCGUUCAUGUCUGAUGCCCCCUUCUACAGAAGAAACUACUGAUGACUUUGAGCAUCUGGUUGCUACCAUAACCCAUCAAUGUCAUCUCUGCCCUCUCCCUCUUAUUGUACAACCGAUUAUCUGGAAUUAUGACCACUCCCUGUACCUCUAUCCAACUCCACAUACGAUAGUUUUAGGUGACAGAAGCGAGCAAAAGGCUUUCAAAUACACAGGAAUCACUUGUUUUAAUCCUGGUUCCUUCUCAAGUGAUGGCGCCUUUGUGGUAUACCGUCCUGACAAUCAGGAAGUUGAAUUGUCAUCCUUAUAGUCAGAAUCAUCAAUUGAUGGACAAAAUUAAUUUGUUUUGUUUGUAGUGAAUAUGCAGAUUUCCGUUACUUCCAAAUUUAGAGACAUUUGCAGUACGCGGUGCUACUUUGUUUUGUUUACUUCUCUUGUUAGGCACAACCAAUUGCAUGUCAUUACUGCGACAACCCUGAAUACCAUGCCUUGCUUCCUCA